CCUCACGACAGUCGACAGGUAGCAUUUGUUCUCUGUUGAACUUUUAAGAACUCAUAUUUGGUAACACUGCGUACUGGUAUAUAUAUACAGGGGUAACUGAAUUGAUAUUUAGCUUAGACCCAUCACCAUAAGUUACCAUUACAAUUAAUGAUGGUAGUGUGUACUUGGUGAGAGGCAGAAAAGAGGAAUUCAAUAGGCAUACAGGGGCAAGUGCCAUACUUAUGGUUUAAUAUUGAUGAUGUAACCAUAGAAAUGUGUCAUAGCCACACUUGGCAGGAACAUUCAAACGGACAACAACCUCCCAUCGAGAUUAACAACCAUUAGAAAAACCCCAAACUUUACAGUAUGGUGUCUUGUUUGUCGUUGUUUUCCAGGGGUCGGAGAGCGACCCAAGACGUGAUGGGAAGUACGAUGAACGCUACGCCUCAAGAUUCACUAAAGCCACCGCCCCAACCUUUGAAAGACCAUAUGCCGGACGAUUCAAUCAAAAAGGGAUUACCGAGCUAUCAUGAUUCUCAGUCCUCAUCAUCAAAAGCCCUACCUCUUGCUCAAGGGUUUGCUGGUGUACCAGAAACCAACCCACCCCCCUAUCAUAACUGGCAGGAUGCAGUACCUGACACUAGCACGUUCCCACCAGCACCAGUGAUAAGUUACUUCAACUCCAACGCUGGAAAUGCAUUGAGUACCGAUGCAGAGCGGGCUCAUGCAUUUUGCAAUAACACCCCCCUUUGGAGACCUGUGAAGCCAUCUCCGGCAGUCCUUCAAUCUGUCCAGCAACAUGACCUUCGUCCUAUGCUGUCGACCGAGUUCCGGGGGGAAUUGUCACCCAUAUCUCCUGGUCGAUGGAAAGGCUCCACAAGGAAUAUGAAUAAAGACUGCGUUGCCCUGACCCACUUGCCUCUAUAUUUCCCUGUCGAGGAUUCGCCCCUAGUGUCGGGAGGAGCCAAGAAGACGAUCUACUUUGAGGUCACAUUGUUAAGGCUCGGAGACGGACCUAGGCCAGCCGAUUCCAGCGGGUUUUCAAUUGGCUUUGUGGCACAGCCAUAUCCAUCUUGGCGGUCUCCUGGAUGGGAGAGAGGAAGUCUCGGGGUUUUCUCUGAUGACGGAUGUCGGUUUGUUAAUGACUCAUGGGGCGGACGGGAUUUCACACAUGAGUUCAAAGUGGGUGAGACUGUUGGCUUGGGGAUGACGUUCUCCCUCUCAGACAUGGUGGUUUCAAGGAAUAUGGGAAAGAAGCCAAUUGUGGACAUUUUCUUCACUCGCAAUGGCCGCCAUGAGGGAGGCUGGAACCUUCAUGAACAAGUCGAUGCAGAUGCUGGGAGCGUUGAAGGCCUGGAGGGUGAUUAUGAUAUUUACGGAGCUGUAGGCUUAUUUGGAGGCGUUGACUUCGCAGUUUGCUUUAAUCCUACAGGAUGGCUAUGGAAACCUACGUGAUAUCUACAUUCAUCUCAGUGAUACGGCCAAGUCCAUUUCUUUCUUGGUAUUUUUUCCCUUCAUUGUUUUUCUCCCUCCACUUUCUCGUCGCUUAAUUAUCUUUGCUUGACAGUGCCUGCAUCUAAUCAGCUAAUCAUGUGGUUUCGAUGAAUAAAAUCAAGCCCUAACUUCUGUAUUUCUAAAUAAUGACACAUCUGAAGUACACAUUUCCCUUCU